AUGCGCCGCCCAGGGAAUGAGACGCGGCGCGCCUCGCCCCCGGCCCUCCAGUCCAGCGGGCGGCGAGGCGAGCGGAGCCGGCAGCCGGCUAUGGGGCAGCCCUCCAGCCCUGGGAGCAGCAGCAGCAGCAGCAGAGCAGCCGCCGGCCAGAGGAGCCUGCAGAACGUAUUCAUUUUCCUGCUUUUCUUGGAACCUUUUAACUGCUUUGCAAGCUACAGUCGGGCCAGCGAACUCUUCUACAGCAUCAACGAAGGACUUCCUGCUGGAUUCCUCAUUGGGAACCUAGCCCAGGAUUUACAGCUUGUGGGGGCUGCAGAGGACGAAGAGAAAGGAGGACUGGUGAGGAAGCAGGAGACUGACCAAUGGGGGAAAAGUCUACUUUCCUUCAGCUUUGCCUCCCAAGGACUGGGGAGCCAAUACGUCAACCUGGACAAUCAGACAGGGGUCCUGUGCACCUCGACCCAGGAAAUUGACCGAGAAACACUCUGCCUGGAGGAUAAUGUUGGCUCCACGGUGGUUUCAUCUUCUUCCUCUUCUCCACUUCCAUCCUCAGAGUCGUGCUUGCUCUUGCUAGAUGUUCUGGUGUUACCCCAGGAGUAUUUCCGUCUGGUUAAGGUGAAGAUUGCCAUCCAUGACAUCAAUGACAAUGCACCGUGGUUCCCCGUGCCACAGAUACACCUCUCUGUGCCUGAAAAUUCGCCCAUCAAUACCCGUUUAGCUAUAGAGCAUCCAGCUGUGGACCCAGACAUGGGAACCAAUGGGGUGCAGACGUACCAACUACAAGAAGAUUAUGGGGUUUUUACUUUGGACGUGGAGGAGAAUGAAAGUGGAGAAAGAACACCUUAUCUUAUUGUCAUGGGUGCCCUGGAUAGGGAGACCACCGACCAAUAUGUCACUCUUAUGAUUGCAGAGGAUGGUGGGGUUCCGCCACUGGUGGGUAGUGCCACCCUCACCAUUGGUAUCAGUGACAUUAAUGACAACUGUCCCCAGUUCAGUGAGACACAGAUCAACGUCACCAUCUUUGGCAACUCUAGUACUGGGUUGCACAUAGCUUCAGUCCAUGCUGUGGAUAUUGAUCACGGAAUCAAUGCCGAAAUAACCUAUUCCUACAGCCAAAAGGUUUCCUUUCUGUCCCGCACCCUCUUCCGUCUCAACGAAAGCACGGGGGUGAUUAAGUUGUUCAAGAGGAUCAACGGGGACACACCUCUUCUGCAUCGGCUGAAUGUAUUGGCCAACGGUCCUGGUUGCAUCCCAGCGGUGAUAACCGUGUUGGUGUCCAUCAUCAAAGUUACCAUGAGACCACCUGAAGUGAUUCCCCGUUUUAUAGCUAAUGAAGCAGAGGGGGUGGUUUACUUGAGAGAGUUGGAACCCGUCAACACCCCCAUUGCUUUUUUCACUAUCAAAGACCCCGAUGAAAAAUAUAAAGUUGAUUGCUAUUUGGAAGGGGAUGGCCCUUUCCAACUGACACCUUAUCAACCCUAUCACAAUGAGUAUCUUUUGGAGACUACAAAGGCCUUGGAUUACGAGGCUCAGCAGUUGUAUGAGAUCUCUGUGGUUGCGUGGAAUACAGAGGGAUUUCACGUGAAUAAAAUCAUCCAAGUGCAGGUUCUGGAUGACAACGACAAUGCUCCAGUUUUCUCUCAAGUCUUGAUAGAAUUAUCCAUAGAGGAGAAUAAUGUCCCCAAUGCAUUUCUGACCAAGCUGCAUGCCACCGAUGCUGACAGCGGAGAAAGGGGUCAAGUGUUUUACUUCCUUGGGCCUGAGGCACCUUCCUAUUUUUCCUUGGACAAAGUUACUGGGAUCCUUACUGUUUCUACCCAGCUGGAUAGAGAAGAACGAGAAAAAUAUCGCUACACUGUCAGAGCUGUGGAUUCCGGCGUGCCCUCGCGAGAAUCCAUUGCCACUGUGACCCUCUCUGUGUUGGAUAAAAAUGACAACAGCCCGAGGUUUAUCAACAAGGAUUUCAGUUUCUUUGUACCAGAGAAUUUCCCGGGCUUUGGUGAAAUUGGAGUUAUAAGUGUCACCGAUGCAGAUAUUGGGCAAAAUGGAUGGGUGGCCCUCUCUGUGGUUAACCGAAGUGAUAUCUUUGUGAUUGACACUGGCAAAGGUGUGUUGAGAGCUAAGGUCUCCCUCGACAGGGAACAGCAGAGCUCCUAUGUCUUGUGGGUUGAAGCAGUGGAUGGGGGUGACCCACCCUUGUCCUCGACUGCAAAAAUCACCAUCCUUUUACUAGACAUCAAUGAUAACCCCCCGUUGGUUUUGUUCCCCCAGUCUAACAUGUCCUACCUUCUGGUCCUUCCUUCGACGUUGCCUGGAUCUCCUAUCACAGAGGUCUAUGCUAUAGAUAACGACACUGGCAUGAAUGCCGUUAUUGCAUACAGCAUCAUCGGGAGAAGAGGCCCUCGACCAGAGUCCUUCAAGAUUGACCCCAAAACAGGCAACAUCACUCUGGAGGAGUCACUCAUGCAAAACGACUAUGGCCUGUAUCGCCUUCUGGUGAAGGUGAGUGACCAUGGAUAUCCAGAACCUCUGCAUUCCACCAUCAUGGUGAACCUCUUUGUCAACGACACUGUGAGCAACGAGAGCUACAUUGAAAGUCUUCUGAGGAAAGAAUCGGACCUCAGUAUUGAGGAGAAAGAACCCCAGAUUUCCAUAGAGCCUACGCACAGGAGAGCAGAGGCCGUAAGCUGCAUGCCCACCUUGGUGACCCUCUCCAUAAUAAGCUUGAGUUCCAUCAGCCUGGUUACAGGUAUGGGGAUUUAUAUUUGCCUAAGGAAGGGGAGAAAAUACCACCGAGGGGAUGAGGGUUUGGAAGUACAAAUCCCAUUAAACGGGAGAAUUGACCUGCAUCGGCUGGAGAAGAAACCGGUGGAAAUUUCCAACAUCUGA